AUGGCUACACGCCCGCCCGAGACCGGUACGCCCGAGGAGCCCGUUAUCGCCAAGUACACCGCGCCAACGCUGGCCAGCAUCACCGAGUCGCUGUCCUUGCUCGGGCUCAGCCCCGAAACGCUCGCGAUGAGUUUCGGCGAGACGCUAGCCGAUCGCUACUUGGCCGCGUUGCGCCCCAAGCCGGCGCCGGCGCCCGUGGAGCGGCCGUCGCUCGGCGGCUGCGGCGCCCCUCGCCGCACGCCGCUCGCCGACCCCUCGCAACUCCAACUCUUCUCCAGCGACUUCAUCGACUACUUAAACCAGAUCGCGUAACUCCACUGUGUCUGUAGAACUCUUUCGUGUUACGGUGUGAUCCUCACAGACUCUUCAUAACGCGUCUAGUGCCAGACGCUAGGAAUAAUUUCUGUUAAAUUAAGUUGGUAUUAUUGGAAAUAAUUUAUAUUAUAUGUCGGUUUAGAUCGUACUAUUGAUUUUAUUUUAAUUUUAUUGUGUACUUUGUUGAUUAGAUGUUGAUUUUUAACAAAAACAAUUAGCAGCUGCACCAGAAAUUGCAUUUUUUGUUUUUCUUUCGAUUGAAAUUAAAAACUCGAAUCGGUUUUCUUUCCUUUUAAAGGACCUUAAAGUGAGUGUUUAAAUUAUUGAUUACCUUCUACGACAGUGAUACCGACCCUAUCUGAUAGGGCGAUCGAGUGGUGUGUUAUUUAGUUCAAUUUAGUUUAUUAGUUAUGUUUUAUUUUAGCAAAAUUUUAAACCUAACUUAAGUGUUAUACAAUAAUUAUUUUUGUAGGUUUAUCGCGAUCUUUUUAUUUCUUCCCACCAAAAUGGCUCUUUGUAGAACUUCAUUAAGAUGCCAUGUUAGGUUAUGGUCUUGAAUCAUUUUGAAUUUGUAACACUUUUCACAUUACUUUAAUCAGUAUGAUAGAGGAUUUUAACUAUAAGUCAUUGCUGUGUCACCAAUAAUAUGAUUAGCUUGUCUAUAUCUAUUAUAAUUAUUAUAUGUACCUAUAAGGUUAUGUAUCGUAACACAGUUGUUUUAGUUGUUUUUUUUUCGAUGAUUAGUGGAGAGCCAGCAUCAAUAUGAACACGAAUACCUCUGUGCUGUACCAAGUGAAACGUCUGUGUCGUGCCAUAUCGCAAGAUAAAUUGCAUUUUAUACAAUCCAAAUUAUUGACGUGUCAGCAAUCCGCUAAUCAUUAAGUUUUCUAUUUCCACAGACUUUAAUUCAUAAGAAGACACGAUUUUUUUUGUUUUAUGUUGAAGAUGAAAGCUUUCAAUUUAUUUCCGUGGUUAGUUUAAGGGUUUUCUUACAAUUAUCAUGAAUGUCUAUUUAAUUUAUAAGUGAAUAGCGCUUUAAAUUUACUAAGCGUAUAAGUGAUGUGCACAUUUACUCACUAACUGUUUAAAGUUAAUAUUUUAGGUAAGGUUUUUAUACUUUGAUACUUAUUACUCGCAAAGUGAUUGAUUACAAGUGAUAAAACGUAGUACUAGUGCGUGUUUAGGAUAUAUAGUGGUGCGGAUCAGUAGGCGUAGGGGCUCGCACCGUGUGCUCCACUCCGCGCUCCGGCGCGACGCCGGCGGGACCUCCUACAACUCGGGCUCGCGUCGACUUGUCUCGGAACACGGAGUGUAACACGCUCACGGGGUCAACGUGAUAUCUGCGAACUCUUUCGCUACAUGUUAGGCAAUAAUUCUAAAAAAGACUUGACACUUUUUAUAGUUAAAAAUUUUGCUGCCAUUUACAUUUUAACUAAACUAAUCGCUGUUCAUUAAAGUAAUUAGAUCAGGUUCUUGUUGCGUAGUAAAGUAGCAUCAGUCAUCAUCGCCACGCGCGUUGUCACGCCAUCAUCCGCAUCACUGCACCUCAUGAGCGUCAUCUUCAUCCGGCACGGUUUGAGUGGGGGCGAGCUGCGCAACUAUGGCCGCUGAGUCCGCGCCGCGCCGGCUGCCGGUCGCUGUCGGCCGACGCUAGCCCGGCGCUUCAACUUAACGACCAUACUCAUCUCUAUUGGCAAUACCUACAAAUUACUUCUUAAAUUACCUAAUAUUGAAUCACAUCUAUCCACGGGCCAUAGUUGCCAGGUCACCUUGUGUGGUUGUAGUAUCUCCUAAUAUUUUAAGAUUAGUGUCCUCCGCUUAAUCGUUAUCUAUACUCUAAGAAUAUAAUAUAUAUUAUAUCUAACUGAAACAGUACUUUAUCACAACACGGUGUACUAAUAAUGUAAAUAACACCGUUUCGUGUACUAUUCGCAGCUUAUCGAAAGUUUAAUAAAAUACAUUGUACUAUUGCAUAAUUCUAGAAUAGCCGUAAAUCGAUAGUACAUAAUUUCAACAAUAUCAAAGAUCCCUAAUUAUUUUAGCGAUCGCGGCGGCGCUGUAAUGACGUUUCAUAUGUUAUACAAUUUUAAUUUUAUCGAAGUUUGCUCGUUCGUAUAUAGAAUUAUAUUUAAAAGUUUAAUGUGCAUUUACUUAAUGCGUGUUAAUAUAAUAUCGUAUCCAUAAAAUAUUUGAAAAAUUAAGGUAAAAAACGAGCUGUUGUUGGUAUAUUUAGGAAAAUAUUAAAAAUGAUACCAGAUCAUCUGAUGGUGGCCAUGUACAAAUGUGAAAAGUGAACCGUCAUUACAGCGCGCGCUCUAGUGAAGGCAACACAAAGUAUAUCAUAUUCUCUAAUAGUCAAUACAGAGCCAUCUACGUAGAAGAAUAAUCAGACCUAGCCGUGCGGCGCGCGGCUUGCGCCGGGCGCGUCGGCUUGGAUCCCUUUCCGGUACAAAUUCAGAAUAUGCUAUUUUGGAGUCAUGAGAUCCGUUAAUAUAUCAUAGUCCUCCGUAAGCAAGGAUGUUUAUUUAAUAGAUAUUUAAAAUCUAUGUCAUUACCUCUCUAGAUACUAUAAUAGUAAAAUUAUAGUUGUAUCAGCGUAACACAAAUUUAAAUUCCUUUUUAAUAAAGUAUUGAAAAUCGCAUAUUUUAAAAUAAAUAUAGAUAUGUCUGUACUUUCAGUUAUAGAGUACAACACCAAAAAACCGUAAUCGAAUGUUCAAAUCCAUAUUAUAUCAUAUAAGAUAUGAUAAUUUUUCUUAAAUGAAUGUUUACAAAUGUUACAUGCGUCUUGACAAGCCAAAUGUCUACCACUAUACCUCUUAUAAAUCUAUCUUUUAAAACUAAAAUAUGUACACAUACCAACCUAGACCGUUUUUUACCCAACCACUUUUUUUUAAAUCUCCCGUAGAGAUAGGUAGAAUCGUAAUUUAAGUAGUCUCAACUAUAAUUUACCAAUCAUGAAAUUGAAGCCCUAUAUCGUGAUCCAAUGUUAGAAUUUGUUAUUAUUUUAAAACAAUCGAAGCAUUCUUGACAAGACACAAUUUCGUAAUAUUCUGGUUUGUCAAGACACGUUUGUUUUCCGUUAAUAUAAAAAAAAUGUUUGUCAUUAUUUUCAUUGAAUUUGUCGAUUCCUUUCUUUUAAUUAUUUCACAAGUACUUCCCGUACUAUUUAAAUAACUAUUUAAGGUUGUGUAGUGUACCCGGACGCAGUAGAAACCCCUCUUUACAAUCAGAGGUACAUAAUCGAAAGUGUUUGAUUAUUCACAUUUUAGUCACUUAGUUACUUGUUCAGUUUUAAUAUAUUUAAUUACACGACGUUGCAUAUUUUCCUAGUUUAUUUGCACAUAUUUGUUAAAUUUUGUAUCUAAUGACAAUUUUAUUUAGACACAACAUUUAAAUUUCUUCAUGUUGAAUUAAAUGUGUGUAAUUUAGUGAAUUGCUUAAAAGUACAAAGAAACAAUUUGUUACUUUUGCAAAUUUUAUAAAGUAAAUACAUAUUAAAGAUAAAUCUGGACUAGAUACUCUUUACGAAAUAGUUGCUGUGAAUCCUAAUGUAAUCCGCAAUUGUUUCCAUCGCAAGAGCGUCUAACAGUUAUACAUUCAUUUUAAUAUAAAAAAUUUGUUUUUCGUUGGUUGAAAUUUAGAAGCGAAAAUUGUUAUUUAUUAUAAAAGCUAUAUCGUGUAUUAGUUUUUUAUUACUUUAUCACUAAUAUUAUCAUACAAGUACAUAAUUAUGUAUAAGUAGUAGAUGCGCACUGUAAGUAGGAAUCAUCAUCGGCAUAAUAUUCGUUGAACUUACUAUCUCUCGCUUCUUAGGUUUAAUCUAACCUCGUUUUCUCGUAGUCCUUGUUUAGCUCUUAGGGUUUUCUUUAUGAAGAACGUGCGAAUGGAAUGAGUGUAUGUGGUCACAUUUAACAUUAAUUUUAGUCAUCGUCAUAAUUCUUACAUACUUAGUAUUUUUUAUUGCUAAUGCAUCCUCGUGCCAAGCGAGUUGUUAGUAAAUCGUGUACGUUCUGGUCAUAGGUGCUGCGUUCGCGCAGCAUUUUCGUUUAGAUGUGAACUAACUUAAUAUCUUUCCGUGAUAUAACCAAUGUAGUUUUACGAUUCAAUGGUAUAGGCCAGCCAUUUUAUCAAGUUAAUGUUGGUAGAGACUCCAUGCCUAACUCACUUACAUUUCGUUACGUAUAAAACGUAUGAUCAAUUAUGUAUCAGCUAGGAUAUCAAUUGCCAAAUGUUUAUAAACAAUCCUCAACUGAAGCACUUCAUGAAACUCAAUAUUUUCAAUAACAUCAGCGAAAUAAUACUAUAUAUUCAAAUAUUGGAGAUGUUGGAAUCCAUCCGCUUUACUUAGAUCAUGUUAAUAUUUAUACACUAACCCAUGGAAGGCGCCAUAAGAUUGGGUCAGUACAGCAUGGCCCACAUCAGGUUGUCAAUGUGACAUUCAGACCCGGCGACCAAUCGACGCUCAAAUUCCACUUACCCAUUGGCUGACUUUUGUAUACGGCUGUUAUUGGUUAGUGAAAGAUGCAAAUCAAACGUGUUAAUUAUAUUUUGAUACUCGAUGUUUUCUACACUAAUGUAGUUGUUCAUAUUUAACUUUCGUAUUUACGUAGCGUAGAUAGGUUUCGUCAGACGUCACACUCGAUCGCAUUUAGAAGUUUCGGUGGACCAGUUAAAAAUGUGAUUAUACCGUUAAGCCUAAUGAACAGACUGUUUAUCGCCGACCUUUACAAUUAGAUUUAUAAUAGACUGAAGCAAUCAACAUCAAUAGUUUUAAUCGAACUUACAAAUGCGAUAUGAGUGAGGAAGUGAUAUUACCGUCGGUAGAUUCCUACAUGUUUCGAAAUUUUUGGCUCUUAAAGCCGUUUUCUAAAAUCGAGACAGUCUAAACACUCCUAAACAUUAAGAGGUAAACACGUAAGCUUCAGGUUGAUCUGCAAAAAAUGUGAAUUUUGAAAUGACGAUUAAAUUGGUGAUAAUAUUACGAAUUGGCUAAAGAUAAUAAUUAAGAUAUUGCGUGGCAAUUAGAUUAACAUUUUUACUACGUAAUGCGCGGGGUGCAUCAGGGUAUGAGUGUCAUAAUUUGUAAAAACUAAAAACUUUUGUACUUUGGUAACAUUAACAAAUAAUUUAGUGGUAACAUUUUUCUAUUAAUAUGUAUAAUGCGUAAAAUAAGCGUCAAAUAAUAUACGUUUUUUUACUGGAACUGUAGAUGUAGUAUUUUUAUAAGACUAUGCGAGACAUGGGCUCGCAGUACGUGUAUCACGGCGAUAAUAGGUAUGGUAAUGUGUAAACCGACCACGUGUCCUAGUCCGAGAAGCAGCCUAGAAUGACGGGCGGCGCAGCUCCGAGCCCACAGCUCCAAGGCUUCUUCUUGAUCUAUAGAAAGACCGCGACGUCGUUAUAAUAGUUAGGAAGUAAGUUUUUUACUGUCUGUGCGUUUUAUAACCGAUCAGAUGCUUUGUAAAAGUAAUGUCUACCGUUCUGCGAGUCAUCGCAUUUAAUUAGUCUCCCAAAUGGAGGCCAAUCGCAAAAUACUUUAAGUAUUCCUAUGACUUUUUAAAGGUCCUGCAUUCGGGCAUCCGUUUCGACGGGCUGGUUGCCACUCGAUGGCAGCAGGUGUGCUAAGACGGUGUCGUAUUAAUAGAGCCAAAGCAUCUCAUUAUUCUAAAAGUUUCUUGUCGUUUAUAGUAUUGUAUGUUUGCGAGAAUGAAUAACCUCACUCCUUCAUUUCUUGUGUAGAUACAGUUAGUUAUCUACACAUUAAUCAUUAUUAAUAUUGAGUGUGGUAAUGGUGAUGUCAAAUGUGUUUUUUUACGCAGAUCUCCCUGUUUACUUACAAUUUGAUGGAAUAUGGAUAAGGUGUGGUUAUCAGGGAAAGAAAGAAGCUCAGAAGGAAAACGCCAAUUUAUUAAUUUUAAGUAUAUUUAAGUGCUUGAAUUACUUGUAAGAGUCGCUUUAAAAUAUUCAUUAAAAUAUACCAUUGAAAUAAAUAUUUAUAUAAACUUUGAUACGUCUCAACGUAUUAUUUUUGUACAUUUGGAGUCGAUGCUUAAGGAAUUGGCACAAAAAGGUAGAAUUAAGAAAUUUCAGAAAGUAAGAAGUUCCAUUUUGUAAUUCGAAAAUAUUGAAAGCUAUUAAUUUGUAACGAUAGUGAGCGUUGUAUUGUCUAUUUUGUAAUGUUGGUGAAGCAUGAGUAGAUUGUAAGUUUGUUUCAGAAAAUUGUAAUAAAACUGACGGAGGCGAAAAAAAAACAUGUUAUAUUUUAUACGGAUCCUGAUAUUGUGCCCACGGGCUUUGUGUUACUUUACGAAUCUAGUUUGUAAGUUUACUCUUUAAAAGAGUUUUCGCAGGUAGUAAUUUUAGUAGGCUUAGUGUUUUUAUACUGGCUUGAUGUUGUGACAUUUAUUAUUAAUAUGAUAUCGAUAACCGACUACCGAACAAGCGGCCAACACUGAUUCAUAGCAGAAUGUGUAGUGGGCACUGUCUGCGCGCUGGGGCAGGAUGCGCACGAUUCGUUUUAGUUCGCGAAAGGCAACAGGGAUUGACUCCGAUUUUAAACAAAACACAAUUACAGCAAUAUUGCUUGAACUGUUUACUUGUAAACUAAAUGGAGUUGAUGUAACGAUUACCCAUAAAUUUCGGAGAGCAGGCCCUGCGGCUGCAGUGAGCCUAACCAAAGCGUUGCUGUUCGCAAGCAUAUCAUUUUAAAAAGACGCUAGAUACAUUUUUGGUACAAACUUUAGCGAAGUUUUAUUCUAUUCAAUUUGUACUAUUAUUAAUAAUAUUGUUAGAGAAUUAUGUGUUGUCAGUUUUGUAGUGGACGGUUUGCCUAUUAACGAUCUCCAGAUAAUUACGUGAAUGCCGUAUCUAGUCGACUUCAUUGGUUUCCAAAAUAGUCUACUGAACAGGACGUCAAGGUCGAUUUAAUCCAUUACAACUCUGGUAAUCAUCCUGAAUUAUUUCAGUUAUUUAGCAAAAUUAUAUUAUUGUCUAGUAUUUCCGAUUAUGUUACGUUUUAUAUUGCUUAUAUUAUAUAUUAUGGAUACAAUGUUUAUUAAGUAUUUAAUAUUCAUUUGAUGAGGACCUAGUCGAUUCUCUGUAUAUCACAUUUCCCAAAGUACAAAUUCCUUGUUGUUUAGUCCAAUUUUGUUUGACUGUUAUUCAAUGGAAAUUAUUUUAGAGAACACCCCGCCUGCGGGGCUCGGUCUGCGGCCGCGGCGCUCGGGGCGGCCGAGGCCCGCGCUGUGGGCGCCGGCGCCAAGCGCUCCGUGGCCAGACCUUCAUAGCUGGCUAAGGGCGCAAAAUGUUAUAGUUUACGUAAAUCUUAAUAGUUUAAAUAAAUCUUUAAUAUGUCCAUACAACCUACUUGUGUGCCGCAAUAGGUGAAAUAAUACAAGUAAUGUUUAGCAGCUUUUAACUUAAGUUUUAACUUAGAUUAAUUUGAUUUGUAAUAAUUUACCUAUUUUUGUUAAUGCACAAUUUAUAACGCGGUAGUCCCUACUUAUUGUCUUAUCAACUAAUUGUUCUGUGCGCAGUAGACGAUACCGUUAGCAUCAAUAGCAGUGUUGUCGCUAGCACUUCAUCAUGCUUAGCAGUCAUUCUAUUUUACCUUCUUAUCGUAUUUAAGUUAUGCUAUACGUAUUCGCCUACUACACAUUAUUGGAAUUGGAAUGCUUUUAGCAAUAAAAUUAAUGAUUCAAAUGACACUAUAAACCUACGAUAAACCAUAAAACCUUUUCAAAAAUACAAUAAAAAACCAAAAAAUA